GAAUAUACAAGUCAAAGGAUAUACCUUUUAGCUGGAAAGAAUAUUCUGUUAGGGUUGAUACGGAGAGCAUGUCGGGAGGGCGACGAGAAGCGCGUACUACAGCAAAUGGCGGCGUGGAGCACUACGAAGACCGCUACUCUGGAGUGCGCAAUCGACCCAAGCGAAAUCUUGGCUUUCGAGCAUGGAUCAAGCGAAUGCUGUUCCUUUUUGACGUUACAAUGGUGCCUUACAUGCUGGAUUGGUGGGAGAGGCUCCUUGUCAGAUUGGUCGUAUUGAUCGCGAUGUGGUAUGUGUGCUACAAGAGCACCCAAGUCGCGAUGUGGUGCUUCGAAGAAUUCUCGAGAAGAUUGGAGAGCUCCAGCUGAGAAGAGAUGAUCGAAAAGAUCACAGGCAAAGCGGUCACCUUGGUACUGUAAAUUUUGCUCUUCGUGUUGCAAAUCUGCUCGCUCGAUUGAUGCAAAUAGAUAUAGAUUGUUUCGAUCAACCCAUUCU